AGGUGUGACACUGCUCUGGCUGUGCACCAAGUCGGUGAGUUCAGUGUGUCGUUUUCCGUCUGUGACUACAGGAGAAAAAUGGCUGAGAAAGAGCAAGGUGGAGAUCCUGCAGCUGAACAUAGGCAUUUACUGCAACCAGGCGUGCAACCAUUGCCAUGUCGAAUCCUCACCCAAGCGCAAAGAGAUGAUGAACAGAGAGACCACGGACAGAUGCCUUGUUGUGCUUAAAAACAGCCCUGACUUUAAUACGCUGGACAUCACUGGUGGCGCUCCCGAGCUGUGCUCCGAAUUUCGUCACCUCGUGUCGGAAGCACGCAAGUGGAGUCCCGAUCUGAAGAUUAUCGACAGGUGUAACCUGACAGCACUGCUAGAGCCAGGUCAAGAGGACCUGGUGGAUUUCCUGGCGGAGCAUCGAGCGCACAUCGUUGCCUCACUGCCCUGCUACACGGCACAGAAUGUGAACAUGCAACGCGGCAGCGGCGUCUUUGACAAGAGCAUCCGGGCGCUGAACCUGCUGAACGCAGCCGGCUACGGCAGGGAGGGAACAGGACUGGAGAUGGAUCUCGUCUACAACCCUCUAGGUGCUUACUUGCCCCCACCCCAAGCUGAACUGGAGCAAAAGUACAAGGAGGAGCUGUGGGAGACAUUUGGAAUUGAGUUCAAUAAGUUGUUCACGAUCACAAACAUGCCCAUCAAGCGUUUUGCUGACCAUCUGUUCAGACGGGGAGAGAUGGAGGAAUACAUGCAGCUUCUUACCAACAACUACAACCUAAACACGAUGGACAGCCUCAUGUGUGUAGACACACUGAGCGUCGCGUGGAAUGGCAAGAUCUAUGACUGCGACUUCAACCAGCAGCUAGACAUGCCGCUCUUCUUACUGAAGGGAGCCACAGAGUCUAUAAAGAAGAACGGAGCGACAAUCUGGGACAUUGACACUGCGACUAGCCUGAAGGGCUGCGCGGUUGCAGUGGACAACCACUGCUUUGGCUGCACGUCAGGCAUGGGAUCAAGCUGCCAGGGAUCUCUUGCUUAACGCUACAUGGCUGUCAUGUGCGCACUGCAUCUCAACUACAGGGGCCCUAUGUCAGAAAUAAAAUCAGCCUUAACAUUGGUAUUAACAUUAACUUUUCGUGUAGACCAUUGACAAAAACGCAGUAAAGUUAUGAGUUUCUCAUAUGUAGUGUAUAGAGGUCCAGUCUUCGAGAAAAAUCUAUUGUUGCAACUAAUGUUAAGACAAAUUUUGUUUCUAACAACUGGCCCUAGACUGAGAAAUGGAUAGCAUUGUGAUGUAAAGAUGAGGAUAAGGGAGAGAAGAAAUGUGUACUAACAAUUACCGGUGAAAGGGAAAUUUGGGAUAUAGGAAAGAAAGACAUGUAAAGUUAGAAAACUUGAAAAUUUAAAAAAAAGAUAUAUAAGUGCUCAAUGUAAGAUAUACAGGGGGAGGGGAAUGUGUGUGUUAUAUAUAAAGGGGCGACAGGAAUGUGGGAUAUAUAAGGGAGAGUGGAAGUGUGAAUUGUAGAGGGAAGAUGGAUGUCGGAGAUAUAACUAGGAGAGGAAAUGUGUAUUGUAGAGAAUAGACAGGAAUGUGGGAUAUAUAACAGAGAGAGAGAGAGAGAGAGAGGAAAUGUGAAUUGUAAGGGGAAGACAGGGAUGUGUGCGAUAUGUCAGAGAGAAAGGAAUUGUGAAUUGUAGAGAGAAGACAGGAAUGUGGAAUAUAUAAUGGAGAGAAAAAAUGUGUGGGGUCAUGUGGCAACGUGGGGUCAUCUAUUAAGGCUCCUCCUUUAGGUGUCUUAUCUUGCCACUCCGGUCUCCAUGCUGCGACGAUGUUGAAGUCGUUCUUCUCUGAGUUGUAAAAUUGUUUGCUUGACUUGAGUCUUGUUACUGGUACUUGUUGGAUAAUGUUUUUCAUGGGGUUAUCGUAUGCCAUGCUCUCUAUUCGUGCAUGUAUUCUCUGGGUAGCUUCCCAUCUACAAGGUCUAUCCUGGGCGACGACUGAGCCAGUAUGAUAGCUCCUUUUAACUUUGUUCUUCAUUACUGUGGAAGUGUGGACCCCAGAGGCAGUUUAACCUCGCCCUGGUGCCAGGUUUUGUUCACUCUUAGUCUGACUCCUCUUCCUUGGUUGGUUCAGCAUGGCUAGACCUUUGCUGACCUCGCCCUUGGAGUCACAGGAGUACGCAAGCCCACACACACAAGCAACGUGGCAAUCCAGGUCGUGGGGGUUUAAAUACGGGUAAUAUAAGAGAAAUCUUUGAUGUAUAGUUAUAGCAGAUGCUUAUAUUAUGUGUAGUAUAGGCAUUAUUAUCCUGCAUGAGAAUUGUUCAUGACGUCACAAUAAAAUAAAACAAGCGGGUAGUUAAGCCGCUUUGUGAACGGCA